AAUGCUUGUUUGCUUUCUCACAUGCGACGUAAACGAUGCGAUACCACGCUUCGAGUGUUCCGUAUGUUAUCUUCCAGGUACACUGCAGCGCCACGCGCAAGUCAAACACCAUGAACGCCGCAGAUUGUCGUAUAGUGGCCAUCACAAGCUUCGCAAUGACAGCCUUACUUUUCUUCUACAUGUACAGUGACAUCUAUGCUUACUUUCUACGGGCGGCUCUUCACUCCGCAAAAUACACGCGAGCGACUGCUUUCUGCGCAUCUGAAAGUUGCUACACGAGUGAUGCUUCGAGAGAAUUCCCUCGUAUACUCGCGUGGACGAAAUUUUACAGGUGGCGAGUCCUCGGGCUUGGACCUGACGGUGAAAUCGAAAUCCCACACUGCAGCCGUCGAUGCCGCGUCACCUACGACAGGGCGUUAUUGGAAGUGAGCGACGCCGUUGUUAUUCACUCGCGGAAUCUUGAUCCACUGGACUUGCCUGCCCAACGGAGCCCUCGCCAGAAGUGGGUAUUCUGGUGCAAAGAACCACCGCCCCUUUCUUUCUUCGGGGAUUUCAAGCAGUUGGCCUCACUUUUCAACUGGACGAUGACCUACCGUUCUGACUCUGAUGUCCACGUCCCGUACGGAUUUUUCACGAGAAAGAAGGGACAAGUGAGCAUCAACUUCACGUCUGCGUGGCGACGCAAGAAGAAGACAGCGGUAUGGAUUGUUAGCAACUGUAAUGCGCACAGCAAACGGGAGAAGUUUGUGAGGCGGCUGCGAAAGUACAUUGACGUGGACGUGUACGGUGGUUGCGGCUCUCUCAAGUGUCCUCCUGAAAGGAAAGAAGAUUGCUUUCGCAAGUUUGAAAAUGAGUACUUCUUUCGGUUAGCUCUAGAAAACUCGCUGUGUCGGGAAUACGCGACGGAAAAAUUAUUUUCGACGCUGCAGCACAAUUUGGUUCCCGUAGCUCUGGGUAGCGUGAACUACACCGACAUAGCGCCGCCACAUUCCGUUAUUGACGUGUCAUCUUUCGCUAGCCCCAGAAAACUAGCCAAUUAUCUCAAAAAGGUAAAGAACGACUUCGAGAUGUACAAACGGUACCUUGUGUGGAAAGAGACGUACGAUGUCCUGAAUUGGAAAGAAACGUUUUGUUCGCUGUGUCAAAAGUUGUACGAUGAAGCGUUCAAAGCUCGUUCCGUGUACGAGAACCUGUGGUCGUGGUGGGUAAGCGGGUCCAGGUGCUACCACUGGAACGACUCGACUUCUCGAGUGAACAAAUCGUGACGACCGGGUGCAGUAAUGCCCUUCAAAUCUAAAACCUUGCAGAAUACAUUGUAUGCGAUGCUUUGCUGCUUUUAGGGCGCUAUAAAUACUAGAGGUACGGAGAGCGUCCGUGUGUCUUGGGCAGUUCGGCUUCACUGGUUGCCGGCUGUUUACACUGACGGCCGUCCUCAGAUCAGAUGCGCCGGUACUCGCUUGAGCUAAAUGAGGUUAAAAACUGGGAUGUUUGGUGCUGCAAUAAAAUCGAUAACACCCCAAUUGCAGGGUAAAACAUUGGGA